AAAUAUUUUAAAAAAUCGUCAUUAUUGCGCGACUCCGCGCAGCUCCACGCCCCCAAACAGCGCGACAUUACAGUGCCUCCUUCCUUCUCAGCAGGUGUCACACAGGUGGCAGUUAAAAGACAAGCUCAUGGCUAUGGCAGCAGAGCCAGUGCCAGAUGCAGUCUGGGACGAACGCCAGGCCUAUGAAGAGCUCCUGUACUGGGACAGCCUGAUACAGCGAGGCCAUCGCCUGCUACCACACGACUUUGACAGAUAUGAGGAGCUACGCUACUGGUAUGACUGUCUCUGUUAUGAGGAGGAGUUGAGGCAGUACGAUGAGUACAUCGCAGCCAUACAGGAGAUCGAGGAGAACCGACCCCAAACUGAGGCCCCUCCGGUGCGCACGCCUCCCAUGCGUAUCUUCGUGAGCGACGACCGCCACAUGAUGGCGAAGCACGCGGCGGUGUACCCAUCGUCUGAGGAGCUGGAGGCGGUGCAGACAGUCAUCUCCCACGUGGAGUGUGCCCUCAAGACCGUCUCCGACCUGCUGGAUGUGGAGGCCGGAGUCGGUGUGGCGCCUGUACCUGUGGAGGGGGCAGAGAAGAGUGAGGUGGCUCCCCCUCCAGAGCGUAUCCUGCGUGGGGUGAUGAGGGUGGGCCUGGUGGCCAAGGGCCUGCUGCUGAAGGGAGACAUGGACCUGGAGCUGGUGCUGCUCUGCACUGAGAAACCCACCGUCACCCUGCUCAAGAAGGUGGCUGAGAACCUCUCCACCCAGAUUGAGCUCGUCACAGAGGACAAGUAUGAGGUCACCCAGAUCCCAGAGGAGGCGGAGAUUGUGAUCAAGAGCAUCAAGGAGCCCGUCCUGACCCUAACCAUUCACCUGACCUCCCCCAUGAUACGCAUGGAGGCUGAGCCAGAGGGUGCCGGAGCUACCACCCCCCUGGAGGAACCACCUGGAGAAAAGCUAACGGUCGACAGCGAUGCGCCGGCGGACGUUCUGGACAGGCAGAAAUGCCUAACUGCCUUGGCAUCUCUCCGCCACGCCAAGUGGUUCCAGGCUAAGGUCAACGACCUGAAGUCGGCCGCCAUCGUGAUCCGUAUCAUGAGAGACCUGUGUAACCGCGUCCCCACCUGGGCUCCACUCAGAGGAUGGCCUUUAGAGCUGCUGUGUGAGAAGGCCAUUGGAACAUGCGAUCGGCCAAUGGGAGCAGGAGAGUCUUUCCGCAGAGUUCUCGAGUGCUUGGCGUCUGGAAUCCUGAUGGCCGACGGUCCGGGUAUCAAGGACCCUUGUGAGAAGGAGAAGGUGGACGCCAUCAGCCACCUGGACACUCAGCAACGUGAGGACAUUACACAGAGUGCCCAGCAUGCCCUAAGGUUGUCCGCGUUCGGACAGCUGUACAAGGUGCUAGGGAUGGAUUCCCUGCCCGCCAGAGAACCAAGGAGGACCAUAGGACCAGGUCUCAGAAACUACGGUUCUCAGAUCCUGGCCAGUUCCACCUACCCUCCCAAGAGACCUCAUGAUGCCGCGGACAAAGGGGGAGAUGACAGCAAGAAGAGGAAGUCUCAGAAGUUCCAGAAAUAUCCAAAAUUUCCUAGGAAGUCGUCCACAGAAGAGAAGCCCGGGGACUCUCCUAUGGCCAUGAACGCCCUGAUGCGUCUCAACCAGCACAAGCCUGGUCUGCAGUACCGUCUGACGGGUCAGAGCGGUCCAGUGCACUUCCCAGUGUUCACCAUGUCUGUAGACGUGGACGGCGAUACAUACGAGGCCUCAGGGCCGUCCAAACGCACCGCCAAACUCCACCUAGCUGCCAAGGUCCUGCAGAAGUUGGGCCUGCCCACUGGGGCGGAUGUGAAGAUUGAACCAGGCGAAGAGGGAGGAGCCAACGUACCAUCCACACCUACAGCAAGUGAUGCGUCCAUGGCAUCUGACGAGAACGGUCCCAUCCUCACUAAGCACGGGAAGAACCCAGUGAUGGAGCUGAAUGAGAAGAGACGCAGCCUGAAGUACGAGCUCUCUGCUGAGACCGGGGGCAGCCAUGACAAGUGCUUCGUCAUGGAGGUGGAGGUAGAUGGACAGAAGUUCAAAGGUCGAGGCUCCAACAAGAAGGAGGCCAAAGCCUACGCAGCCUUAGCUGCUUUGGACAAACUUUUCCCAGAGGGGGCGGGGCCCUACUAUAACCCUCACUCUGACCCCAAGAAGAAGAAACCAGUUACAUACACUUCCAUGCAUAUCCCAGGCUUUGGCACUAUUCGAGGCAUUCCAACCGACACGGAGCCUAACAACCGGGGCCGCGGGCGAGGCAGGGGUCGAGGAAAGCCUACGACUGGCAGCAGCUACAACCAAACAAGCUACCGUUAUGGAAGCAGUGCUGGCUCUGGUUAUCGUAAGUGUCUUCUCUCCACACUGUUGUCAAGGGAACUAAUGAGUGAUCGGUUAGACAAUCUGUACAGUAUGGGUGCAACAGAGGCUGCUUCCACAACAACCACCUCCACCGGUGACGCCUCCACAGAGACAGAUGCCAGCGGCAACACCACUGGCUACGGCACCUUCUACCCCGAAUCAUCCUACACCACACCGGCCAUAACCGCCUCCGCCACCUCGGCUGCCAUGACCGCCCAAGCCCAGGUCGGUGCAUCUUCCCUGGGUGACUACCAGUCGGUGCCCCCUCCCCUGGACCAGCAGAGCCCCUAUAGUUAUGGCUACGGAGGGGAUAAGAAGAGUCUGCUGACUGCAGCUCAGUCUCAAGCCCAACAGACCCAGCAACAGGUGGACUACUCUAUGUACAGUACAGCCUACCCCAGCUCUGUCACCGGGGGCCAAAUGUACAGUUACGGUGAGUGGGGAUUCGGCUACGGCAACCAAUCGAGCUUCAGCAUGUAUGGGAACGCCUCCUCCCAGGGCUAUGGGGCGGCUGCUACUCCCCAGACCCAGCAGACUUCCUACCCCACGGCAUACGGAAACAUGAACUAUCAGUACAAAUAGGGGGUACCACCCAUACACACACACCACAUCCCUCUCUCAAGCCCCCCACCAACCCUCUAAAGCGUUCCCCCAGAGGAAAAGACCCUCAUGUCUUUCUCUACUUUCAUUAUAUUGAUCUAAUAUUGAUGAAUCCUAAACACUCAAGUCAUUUUCACCAUCACUUUAUUUCAUAAACCAGACUAUCUAUUUCUUUAUUUACCAUGUGGUAAAUGUAACCUACGUGUGUCUAACAAGUAGUUCAGUUCUGUAUAGUGAUUACAAAAAGGAAAUAAUAAUAAUAGCGCUUUCAGGAUGAUGCUAUCUUGGGUCAUAGACUUCUUGUUUUGUUCAAGUUUCUUUUUUCUUUUUUACACUUUUUCUGUUUUUCUGUUGUCAAGCCACCCGAGGUUGAAUGUGAAUGUAAACGGAGAAUCUGUUCUUAUUUCAAAGACUUGUUUUCUUUACAUUUUUCUUUUCGAUUUUCAUUUGAAUCACUGUUAUGUUUUAACUGUUAUUAUAUUAACCAGCAGUGUGGUAAAAAAAAAAAAAAAAAAGUUGACAGUAACUUGGAUUUGUAUGUGAAAGAGCAAUGGAAAUGUGUUAAUUGCUGUUUCAUUGGAAGGUUUCGGUAAAAGGCUUGUAUCUGGUUGUUUGUAAGAAUAAAUUACUUUUAUUUUGGAGCAAA